UUUUGCCAGGUAGUGAGUGAUUGGGGAAAAGGCUGGACCAAACGGUCUGGGGUUCGCAUAUAAAACCUUCUCCAAAUACGUCUCCAUCAUAUUCAUAUCAUAUAUAGCCUACACAGACUCGGUCUGCUGAAGUCAAGAUGCUCGGGAGCGAUGUACUGUUGUGCUUCAUCUUCUACAGCACGCUCUUAAUCUUAAAGAUGUACAUCAUUGCUAUCAUUACGGGACAAGUGAGACUUCGGAAAAAGGCGUUUGCUAAUCCCGAGGACGCCGACAGACACGGAGGUGUGCAGUUCUGCCGCAUCGAUCCAUACGUGGAGCGCUGUAGGAGAGCACAUUGCAAUGAUAUGGAGAACAUUUUCCCCUUUUUAUUUCUCGGAGCCGUCUAUUCCAUGACAGGUCCCUCGUAUGCAGUAGCACGACUUCAUUUUCUGGUCUUCUUCCUGGGUCGAGUCGUUCACAGCAUAGCAUACCUGUUGGCACUUAAAGCACCGACGCGUUCAUUUGCCUAUGUCAUCGCUCAGGUGCCUUGUGUUUCCAUGGCAAUACAGAUACUCAUGGAAGUAGCCUCAUUCGCAUAACCCUGUCAAAUAUGGAGUCCUGUGAUUGGUCAAGACUUCUAGUUACAACUAUGAUGCGGAAUGGUGCUUUGAUGGACUUGCGGCCUCUCAAAAUUUCACUUGAUGACUGACAAUUAAUAGCUCUGCUCUUAAAUCACAACAUUCAUUGCUGUCAUUUUAGUACUGGACACUAGGGUUUGUAUUGAUGCAAUGUAUAUUGUUGUAUUGCCAUUCAAAUGAAGGUUAUUUAAUGUUAUUUUCUUUUUUUCCCCAUGAUCAUGUUUGCAUAUACUCGUCAUAUUUAUAUAUUUGAAACAACAGACCUUAAAGCCCAUUCACACCAAGGACAAUAACAAUAAAGAUAUAGUUCUAAAAAUCAAUCUAAAUAUAAAAGAAUAGCAGAGUCCGCACCUCAACUACAGUAUAAUGUUAACGACUUAGGGAAACGGUAUUGUUAGAAUCACUUUCAGAAUGAAUUUUUCCAGCUGAUGAACGAUAAAAACAUUCAAAAGUCAAUCCGAAUCCAUCCUGCUCCAGCAUUUAAAGCGGCAGACGAAAACUGCAGCGUGAUCUCAUCCACUGAUGCUGAUGCUAAUAUAGUUGUUAUAGUUAUGUUCUUGGUGUGAAUAGACCUUUAAUCUCCUUGAAUGGACCUCCAGUCUACAGCACAGCCAUUAUUUUCAAGAAUUUAAAUGACCACCAUCUUUUCACUUUCAUACUGCAAAGUUUACACAAGCAAUAACUGCUGAGGUCAGUUCAGAGUCCACGUGAGUGACUGUUCCACAAAAACUUGUAAAAUUCCUCUGUUAUUGAACCAUAAGCCCUGCAGAGCCCAGGCUUUUCAAAUUUAUUGUAGCGUUAAACAAACGCUGUUGCACAACCACUGCCCUUUCCUCUUUGCCCACUGGGCUUUGGGUUUACUGCAUUUCAAACACAGCCGGGUGCUUUGCCUGUCCUCAAGAACGAUGCAUACAGCAUGCAAACCUAGUGUUUUAGGUGAACAAGCUUUUAUUUUAGGUUAAGGUUUUGGUAAUUCAUCACACAGUGCUUUUAUUAUAUAUGUAUAUAUAUAUAUGUAUUAUUUUUUUAAGGUGUAACUUAUUUUGAUUUUUUCUAAUAUUGUAUCGUUUGUGUAGUGAUGUUUAUAAAGAGAUGAUGAGAAAAUCAUAGUUUUUAUAAUAAAGGAAUAAUGAAA